AUGGUAGCCUUGGGUACCUACCUACUAGAUGGUGAAGCAGAAAACUGGUGGCAGAGCAUGCAGCGAGGCGUUCCACCCAUGUAUGCCUGGACAUGGGCGGGCUUCCGGGUAAAAUUCUUUAAAAAGUACUUUCCUCGGUCAUGUAGGAACGAGAAGAUAGCCCAGUUUCUAAAACUAGAACAGGGCAAUAUGAUUGUUGCCAAAUAUGAGGCCCGAUUUGACGAACUCUCAUGGUUUGUGCCCAAAGCCGUGGAGGAUAAGGAAUACAAGCCACCAAAGUUCAAGGAAGGUCUCCGGCCAGGGAUCCAAUUACGAUUAUGCACCUGGGACUUCACAGAGCUUGUAGACAAGGCUAUGAGGGUGGAAAAGGACUUUGAGCACACCAUGAGGACUCGCCCUCCAGUUAGGGACACCCUAACUAGUCCUAAGCAGGUGCCUCUCGCCCCACCAGUAUCAGAGAGAAGAGCUAGGUUCAUACCUGCCAGCGCUCCACCCAUGCCUCUCAAGAGGAAUUGUGAUUACUACCAUAAGGCUGGGCAUUUUGUGUGA